CGAGAGACCAGCGCUGCCAACACAGAUGCAGAUUGGGAGCUUCCAGCUUGUUUCUCGGCCAAGGUUAGCUCAUCGUCAGCCAAUGAAGCUGAUGUGUGUUGUCACUCCCCGGAUCGUGCGGAGGAGCAGUAUCAUCAGUCCAUGACGAGCGGUUGGACAGAGAGGGCAGCCCCACCCCCAACGCUUUCCAGUGAUAUUCCGCAUCGGCCAGAGGAUGGAGUACAGACAACGGCGAACAUCUCCCCGGUGGAGGUGGAGGUUUUCUGGUAAGGUAGUCCGGGGUGCUGCAGGUCGGUGUAAGUGAGCCGAGCAGUGGAUGUCUUGUACCUACAUCAAGUGCCGAGCGAGCCAUGUUCAUCUCAAGGGUACCACAGAGGGGUCGCGGCCAGCGGAUGUGGUCGCGGAGGCGUGUGUGUGUGUGUGUGUGUGUAUGUAUUGGAAUAUUUGACUUUGGGAGUAGUUCUCUGGCGACUUAUGAACUCCCACGUGUGCGGGAUUCGGGAUAUUCUUAUUAAAGAAUAAAAAAAAUGCUGGAGACAAAAAGAUGUCCAGUCAAGAGUCAGGAUGGCCAGUCUUGAAUUUCAGCGGAGCCAGGAUGAAACAAGGGAAUGAGAUCACGGAGGCACAACAACAGGCAGGUACCCUGUGAGCAACCCCCACUUGUCACGAACGUCGCCGCGUCGGGCACAACUCCAGGAGGGAGCGACUCAGCCUGGCACCCAAUCUUCAAGGCUAGAGAUCCAUGAGGACACCCCAGCCUCAAACCGUAAAAACAGCCCGUCUCUCUCCCUGAAGGAAAAACCAGUUGGCUCAUUCAUCAUCUGUGCCUGGAGGUACUACACAGUAGAUGAGAAAAAGAGGGAGCGCCGCGGCUCAUUUAAAAGAAUCAAGCGCCCCGGGGCCCAGAACACAGCUUCACUUUCACACCUGAGAAAUAUAAUAUUCGGUCCUGGUCUGUUCCUGAACGGGCUUGCAGCAAAUCGUUAGCAAUUGCAGCUCGACACAGCAACUAAACCUAAUUCAGCCUGUCACCCAAGACACAAGGUCACUUUUGGCCCACGUCCCCGCGAAACGCUACUUUGAUCAAGAACCCACGCGCCCUCCCGACCCAGUGAAGCAAUUUCCUGGGGGCCUGCUCGACCCGGCCGCCAUCACAGUUCCAGCGCCCCUGAAGAACAGCUCGCCGCCCGCCUGAAGACAGAGAGUGGGAGACAAUCGUCUCUUUUCAUUCUCACCAUUUUCAACAUUCUCAGUCAAAUUCUCCUUCUCCGAGCACUCAUUUUGCCUCUCUCUUUUGAUACCUGAUACCUUAGAUACCCUGGCCACCUCAGCCUUGCUGUUUAGCGGGACGUACUGCCCAAUCGAGACACCACCACCACCACACACACCCCCCCCCUAGACCGCCGCCAAUUGCUCUCUCGCUCACCCACUCAGCUGUGAGCUCGCUGACCAAAAUAAAUAUUUCUUUUUUUUUUCUCUUCUUCCAAAAGAUAACAUAUUUUACGCCAGCUCCCGCCGCCCACCCACCGUCUUUUCUCCCCCGCUCAACCCAGUUUUCGACCAUUGAAUGUUUCGGUCUUCCACUCCUGACCCUCCAAAAUCCAAGACACGCUUCUGGAACAAGAUGCCGAGUCUUUUCUCCCGCCUCAAGGGCAAGGACGGGAAGAAAUCCAAAAAGGGCCAGCUCGAUCUCGACGACCAAUUAGCAAAGAAACCACGAUGGGAGGGUGACGCCUGGGCUCGUAAGACGGUCGACCCUGAGGAGGUGGAGGAAUUGCUUCGAUUUUCUACAGAAGAGCUCAAGGCGCGAGCUCUCGAUCUUCCCUUUUUACUACUUCCCUUCCGACCAACGUCGGACCCGAGUGCUGUUCGCACCUUUGUGCGACACUUUUUCGGCAACAGAGAUGGCGCCCAAACACUGUAUGGAGAGGCAUUGGCGCAGGAGCUGCGCAUGACGGAGCCCAUGGUUAUCUCGGGCGUUGUGAAAUGGUGCUGGAGCAGACUUCCGGGCGGUGUGGUAGGAUGGGAUUCUUAUGAGUUGUUCAGCCUUGGAGAGCAAGACUCGAACCUGGCCAGAGACUCUUUCAAGACCUUUAUUCCGCUCAGCUUUGAGAACAGAAAGGCGCAGGCGCAAAUCGUCUUUCACUUUUUUGACCUGCUGUCGGCAGUUGCCGCCCACGGGAAGACGAACGGGUUCGGCGGGCGCAAGCUCUCACGGAUGGCUGCAUGGUGGGCUUUCGAGCAGACCGAAGCCGACAGGGCCAAUGGGUUCGAGGGCGCGUACAAGGCGUGGCUCAAGGCUGCCGAUGCUACAAGCCAUCUUUUCUUUGCAUACCUCAGAUCCCUCGCGCCAGAACCAGUGGUUGGCGGCAUUUCGCUGCUACCCAUGUCGUUGCAGAAGCUUCUCCAGGAGACCGAAUACCCGCCGCAGAGGCCCCAUCUCCUGCAAACAUCUACUUACAGGGUUGCCAUGAUAGUCGAUACUGUUUCACCAACACCGUUUGCCCUCUUGAGACGAGCCAACCACUUCCAAUACCGCGACGACGACCGAGCUUUGAAGCAGUGGUCUGAAUACGAGGAUCCCAUCAAGGCCCUGACCGAGGAGUGCGUCAGAGUUCUUCGGGCCAUCUCGGCCGCGAACCAGUCACACGCCGUUUCGAGUUCGAAACACUCGACCAGUCUUCGUGACGCUUCGUGGUCUCGAUUUGAGGACAUUGGGUUUGCGAGUGCUCUGGAGGAGGAAGACGAAUUGGACGACUCGCUGGCAGUUCAACGACGACAGCAGGGAAUGCGGAACACGCCCGCCUCUGGCAACGACUUGGGACGGCCAACAACACCAUCCUGGGCCGACUUUUUGUCUUCGGGUUUCGUUGACGAGAAGAACAACACGAGCCACUUGCUGCCGCCUGACAAGGUCCUUCCCCCCAUCGAGACGAACCUCCGCCAACGCAGCUCGCAGUCCCACAGACCGAGACUCGAGAACGAAAACCAUCUUGAACCUGGCGAGCUCGCUAGCAUCACCCGCUUCGAUCUUGAUGAUGCUUUCUGGUGGGUUUGGCUGACCAGUUUGGCUCCUGAGGAGACUUCGGAAAGGAAGUCUACUUUUGGGCGCUGUGCCGUGAUUGAGACUAUUAUUCGAGAUCGUCGCUGGUUGGUCAUGGAGGAAAUCGUCAAGGGCGCUGCCCCUGAUCCGGCCGAGGGAGCCUACAUUGCGGAGAAGAAGGGCUUCUUCAGUUGGACCCGCCGUUCCAAGACUUCUGGCCUGAACAGGAGAAAGUCGACCGCAGGAAAGCAUGCUUUGGAAAAGAGCGAUAAUUACCUGAACACGAGCUCCACCAUGGGCUUCAGCAAGACCAGCAUUGGCCCUGACCAGCAAGCCAAGAUUCAGGCAGCUGCGCAACAGCUCCAGGCCCAGGAGAGGCAAAAGGCCCAACCCCAGGCCGUGGAGCGGAGGGGGAGGAGCGAUGCCGACUACAUGCACGAGAAGACCAACAGCGUCUUCACACUGCAGGCGAGCAUCCUUAAUGAGGCGUCUCCGGCUGUCAAGUGGGCGAACAAGUAUGACAAGGACGCGAUUAGAGAGGCCUAUUUGGCAGAUAACAGCGCCGGCCGUGGCGGUAGCACAGCUUCUAGCGUCAACGGAAUCACUCCUCCUGCUGCAAAUGGCAAUGAGCGUCCUCCUCAGCCGCCUCCCAAGUCAACACCGCAACCUCAACCUGCCCCGAUCACUAUCCCCGCACCCGCUACUGUUACUCCUCGGACAGAAACGCCAACCCCAGAGACGCCCAGGGCCACAGAGAAGGAGCUGGAAGCACCCAAAGAUGUCCACCCUGUCGAACGGGUAUCUGACGGUGGAGGUCGUAGCACGCCUGCGCCUCCACCCAAGCCCAAGGAUCAGGUCGCCAACGUCACUAGCAUGGAGUUGACUCGUGAGCAAAUGGUUUCGCCCGAGCCCGAUAGCCCGGAGAAAAAGCAGAAUAAGCUGCAGAAGGAAUUAUCCAAGAGUCCCACUGCUACCGGCGGCUUCAGGAAACUGUUUGGUCGUGCUAGGAGGUCAUCCAAGGUGCCUGAUAGCGCUCCUGAGCAGCUCAACACCAUGCUUGCUUCCCCAACAGCUGCCGCUGCCGCUGCCCCCGUCAAGGCCGUCACCCCUGAGCAACCUCCGAAGCAGGAAACUCCUCAGCCAUUGCCCCCCAAGGUUGAGCCGGCUACGGCCCUUCCUGCUCGCAAGGCGGUUCCUCCCGCGGCGGCUCCUGCUGCCGCCCCAGCUCCCGCCCCAGUGGCUGCUGCUCCUGAGCCUCAGACCGAACCCACCUAUGAGCCGUCUGUUCAUGAGGAUGUGUCCCGCGUCAACACUCGGGAUACUGCCGCUGCCAGCGAGGAGUUCUCCCGCUUUGAUCAGGGACCUCUCCUUGACCAGCCCGCGUUUGUUCCGGAUGAAGAGGACACCGACACUGAUGAUGCCGUGCCCCCUCCUAUUGCCCGGCACUCGUCCCGCUCCCCUCUGCCAUCGCCUGCGUUGCCACAAGCUCCCAAGCAACAGGCACCCGCACCUGCACCUGCGCCAGCUAAGCGUCAGCUUCCAGCGCCGGCGCCCGCCGUACCCGAGGCGAUGGAUCGCUGGGCUCAGAUUCGUAAGAACGCUGCUGAGCGCGCGGCCCAGCGUGGCCCGGCUUCUCCUGCCUCUCCACCGCCGCCAGUAUCGCCAGAGAUGCGAAGACCUGCUCCCAGGUUCGCCAGAAAGGACGAGACCGAUGGGGACACCAGCGGUGAAGAGACUAUCGAGUCCCGGGUAGCCCGCAUCAAGGCCAGAGUGGCCGAGUUGACCAGUAAUCAGGAAGGCAUGGGCGGACCAGGUGCUCGCUCACCACCGCCUCCGAUUCGUCGUUAG